AUGAUGGCCAACGACACGAUCUUUGACGAUGAAGAUGACUACUCUGUCGUAUCUGAAACGAUGACUGAUACUGAAGGAGCGCCUUCCGAGGAGAGAGAUGAGAAGAAGGAAGUCUACAAGAUGUCUGCCAAGGACACGAGGCAUGUUCGGCUAUGGCGCUUUGUGGCGACUUUGGCUUUGUUGGUCACUGCUCUUGUUGUGACCUUGACCACCUACCGUUUCCUCAAGGCUGAGGAGACAAGCAACUUUGAGGUUGCCUUUGAACGGUUCAGUCUCAAGCAAUGGCUGCCAAUAUUUCUGACAACUGGCCGAAUGUCAGGAUCCCGAUGUUUGGCCUUCAUGCUCAAAGAGAAUGCCAUGGCCCAGGCUAAGGUGGAGUUCUUGUCUUGGACCCCUCGUGUCAGUGCUGAACAGUAUGAUUCCUACAUUGAGUUUGUCAAUGCCAACUACAAGGAGAUUGUUGAUGAAGGUCACAUGUUUUAUUAUGGUGACCUUAGCCGCAUUUCAACCGAUCCAAGGUUCAGUCGACCCCCGCCCUUCAUUGCUGCUGUUGGCCCUGAAGGCUUUGGCCCGGACAAGCCUCGUGAUGCCUACUGGCCCAAUCAAAUCUACGCACCACCAGAUCUAUCCUAUGCCUUGAACACAAAUAUUGGUUCAUUUAGAAAUGUUGAACCUGCUGUUGAAGCCCUAGAACACUUGCAGUAUGAGACAGUUUUUACAGGUUCCUCAAGCUCAGGUAGUAGAGCUUCCGAUGGCAUAUUGGGAGCGGAGGUCCAUGCCACAUACCACAGUCAGUUCAAUGGCACCACCAAGACCCCACAUGGAUAUGUCCUGCAUCCAGUUCACCAAGAUCCACUUGAUCAGAGCUCUAGUAUUGUGGGUAUGAUUUCUGCUGGCUUUGCAUUUGAUGCAUCUCUGCGCAACCUGAUUCCAGAUGGAGUGCAAGGCAUCACCUGUGUCGUUACCAGCAAUAUGGCAGCAAACUUCUCCUAUGUGGUCGAUGGCCAAAAUGCUUUCUUUCUAGGCAUGGAAGAUCAUCAUGAAAGCAAGUAUGAUGAAUAUGCGGUUCAAUGGAUUUGGCUCUAA